AUGCAUGCGAACAGGCAAACAAUCUGGGAGAAGAAUGUUGCCAAAAUUCGUAAGCACAAUCUUGAACAUGAUCUCGGUCUUCACACUUACACUAUGAAGAUGAAUCGUUUCGGUGAUUUGACUCACGAAGAGUUCAAGAAAAGUAUGAACGGGUUCAAGAUAAACGCCAAUGUUGACAACAAUAAAUACGACCGACACAUGUUUUUGGCACCUUCUAAUCUUGUCAUUCCUGAUGAAGUUGAUUGGCGCAAAGAAGGUUAUGUCACUGGAGUGAAAGAUCAAGGACAAUGCGGUUCAUGUUGGGCUUUCUCGGCCACUGGCUCACUCGAAGGGCAACAUUUUGCCCAAACGAAACAACUUGUUUCUCUCUCCGAACAACAAUUAGUCGACUGUUCGACCAAAUUCGGAAAUGAAGGUUGUGGCGGUGGUCUAAUGAACAAUGCGUUCGAAUAUAUCAAACAAAACAAUGGAAUUGAUACCGAAAAAAGCUACCCCUACCAAGCUUACGAUGGAAAAUGUCGUUUCAAACCAGAUGACAUUGGUGCUACUGAUGUUGGCUUUGCCUUUAUCAAAGAAAAGAACGAAACUGAUUUGACGCUUGCGAUUGCUACAGUUGGACCUAUCGCAGUUGCUAUCGAUGCCUCGCACGAUUCAUUUCAAUUCUACGGUGGAGGUAUUUACAAUGAACCAGCAUGUUCGUCAUCGCCAGAUGCUCUCGACCACGGUGUAUUAGCUGUUGGCUAUGGUAACGAUGGUGGAAAGCAUCCAACAGACUUCUAUAUUGUCAAAAACUCAUGGGGCACAGGAUGGGGUGAUCAUGGUUACCUUAAAAUGAUGCGCAACUAUGGCAAUCAAUGUGGUAUAGCCACUAUGGCCAGCUACCCACUAGUAUAA